AAUAUAGAACAAAAGAGAAAGAGUUGCUAGCAAUAAUAAGCAAAAGCAAAAAUGACAAGAAAGAAGGUUAAGCUAGUUUGGAUAGUGAAUGAUGCAUUAAGAAAAGCAAAUCUCAAAAAAAGGAGAAUAGGAUUAUUGAAGAAAGUGAGUGAACUAACAACCUUAUGUGGUGUUAGUGCAUUUGCUAUCAUCUAUAGCCCAGAUGAGACUGAACCAAUGUUUUGGCCGUCACGACUAUUGGUGGAACAACUAUUGAUGAGAUAUCAAAACAUGCCGAAAAUUGAACGGAGCAAAAAGAUGAUGAAUCAGGAAAGUUACCUGAAAGAAAGAGUGGUCAAAGUGCAAGCACAAUCAAGAAAGAAUCAAAGAAAGAAUAGAGACGUUGAGAUGAGUUAUCUAAUAAAUAAACUUCAUAAAGGUAAUGGAGCUGAUGAUUUUGAGUUUAAUGAGUUGCAGGUUUUGAUUUGGUUAUUAGGAGAGAAAAUGAAAGAUUUAAGAAAAAGAGUUGAAUAUUUUCAACAAUUUCCUCCUCUUCCACCUACAACCUCUUUUUCUCCUCCUCUUCCACUUCCUAAUGAGGGCCCUACUAUGCAAGAACCGGGCCACCAAUUAACCGAUGUUGCUAGUGCUAAUGGUGUUGGGGAUGGAGAUAUCAGAAAUAGUAAUCCUAGAGAUACUAUGAUAUGCGAUCAAUGGUAUCUUGAUAUUAUUAACAAUAACAAUGAUAAUCUUGCUGGUAGUAGUGGUGCUAAGAAUGACAUGAUGAACCACCACCCAUAUGCCUAUAAUAUCACCUACAAUGGUGGUGAUACGGGGUUUCCUACCGGGUCCACUGGUAAUACUUUUAGCCUGGGUCUCGUCUCGAGUAAUAUCAAUAUGGGUGGUGGUGGAAAUCAUUUUCAGAUGAGACAACAGUCUAUUCAUGCUAAUAUUAACUCUAUAAGUGGACAUUCUUUUGGGUUAGGGUUGCAGCCUUAUCAGGGUAACAUUGAUAAUUAUAAUGGUGGAAAUGGCAUGGGACUAAGGAUGCCUCCUCCAGCUAUUGCAAUUGGAGCUAGUGAACCAGAGAUGCAUGGACUUUUUGCCGGUGGAAGCGACACAGGAACGCUAUAUGAUAUUAUUAAACCUUGGUAUCAUAAUUUCUCCCAUUGAUUAUUAUUGUCGAGUCUUUCUCAAUUUGAAUUUUAUAUUUGUUUUAUUUCAUGUGUUAAUUAUUUUGUGAGUCUCUGUUUAA